UAAGUACCUGCCCGUCCGGACCAGGAUGAGGGGCCUGCUUGUAGUCGUCUCUCUGAUCUUCAUCUGCAAGGAUGUUGUCAGUGGAGACCCCGGCUCCAGUAACAUCAGUGAGCCAUUCCUAUUGGUAGCUGACUUUCGUGGAGAAAUCAUUCUUCAAGUUAACAUCACUUCCGGUUCGACCACCACGCUUCCGCUCGGAAAUGUAGGACAGCCAUGGGCCCUGGACUACGACCCGCUCACGGACUACGUGUACUGGUCAGAUCUCCGGAACGACAAAAUCCACCGGGCUCGUCGUGAUGGAAUUGGCAGGGAGACCAUCUUAGACAUCAACAGUGUCCGCGGCCUGGCGUUGGACCACGCUAGAGGGGAUAUCUACUGGACUGAUUUUUCUGAAAACACCAUCUCUGUAGCAAAGAUGGAUGGAUCGUCAACUAGAACACUUCUGACGUCACCAGCCGUCAACAGUCCUACGGACCUGGUCCUGGACCCCAGGAAUGGACUCAUGUACUGGGUGGACGAUGGUAAUGACAGAAUUGACCGUGCUGCGAUGGACGGCAUUAACCAAACCACCAUCAUCACGGGCGUGUCUAAUCCCAAAGCCGUUACAAUAGACUAUAGAGAGGACCGGCUGUACUACUCUGAUCAGUACCACCGCGUGAACAGCUCAGACCUGCUGGGUAACGAUAUCCAACAACUGCUGUAUGAAGACGGGAAGUAUGUGCGGGGGAUUGCUGUUGACGAGAACUACGUCUACUGGACGUCUUCUUGGUAUGAUUCAUCAAGGCAAGGGAAUGUCGGGAAAGUCGGAAU